CACUGAUAUAAUCUUCAUUGAUUCUGUAAUGAAAAAUCUCAGUUAUGCACAAUGUCACAUCUGCAGUGCUGAGAUUGAUAUAACUCUAUAUCACAGCAUUAUCAAGUACACGCGCCCUAUUCCUUUCAGGCUGCAGUACAAUCUUUGUUGAGCGCACAAAGCAAAGGCGGUCAAUGAUGAAUGGUUGAAGCAUGGCUACCCUGCAAUUGACUGGAACGCACUUAAAGACCGUCUCCUUUUACCAUAACCUUGAAUAUUACGGACCAAAAGCAGCUGAUAUUCUUGGAGAAGAAAUUGCAUAUCUUUUUACAAGUGAUCUCAGAGAGGCCGCUAUACAGAAGAGUCUUGUUCAAAAGUGUGGGAUUGCAAUGUAUAUUCUGAAGAUGCUUGUGCCUGAAGUUCUGACAAAAUUUGUCGCAGAAGAUAUGAUGAUAGAUGAUGAUAAGACAAGAUCAAUACUAGAGCAGAGCAACAGGAUUGGAGAGUGUUUGAAUAAUUCCGAAUAGCUUUUUCUUUCAUUUGUAAUUCAGAGGGUUUAUUUUGCGCGAUAGUUUUUCCCAGUCAAUGAAGAGGUGGUGCUGCCGUUUCCCCCAAAGUGGCAAUUUGCGGAGUGAUUUGCCGAUCCGUUGGUCGCUCCAAGUACUCCGUAGCGAAA